UUAUUUUUGAGCUCCAAACACAAAAUUAGGAAACCCUCAAAACACAGUCCCUCGUUAGUCUUUCUUGUUUCUCACAGCUCUCUCUCUCUCUCUAUACUCUACGACUACGACUUUCUCUCUCUAGGGACCGCCAUCGCCAUUGCUUCAAGGACCUCUCUGGACUUGCAGUCCGGCCGGCAUUUCGAUUUCACUAUUCAGAGAGCAACAGAGCUAUGGAUUCCUCACAGUCCCAACAGAGAAGAGGAGGAUUGGUGUCACUAUCACCCUCGCAGACGCCGAGGUCGAGCGACAAGUCGGUGCGAGAUCUGCGAUCCGGGGAUUCGAAUUCGACAAACAGGCAUGAGAAGGAAAAGGGUGUCAAUGUGCAGGUCCUUGUGCGUUGCAGGCCAUUGAGUGAAGAUGAAAUGAGAGUGCAUACGCCGGUCGUGAUUUCUUGCAAUGAGAGUAGAAGAGAAGUUGCUGCAAUUCAGAAUAUAGCUAACAAGCAGAUUGAUAGAACUUUUGCGUUUGACAAGGUCUUUGGUCCGGCAUCCCAACAGAAGGAACUGUAUGAUCAAGCUGUGGCGCCUAUCGUAAAUGAAGUUCUUGAGGGAUAUAACUGCACUAUCUUUGCCUAUGGUCAGACAGGGACGGGAAAAACAUACACUAUGGAAGGAGGAGCAAGAAAGAAGAAUGGGGAGUUUCCAAGUGAUGCGGGUGUUAUCCCAAGAGCUGUUAAACAAAUUUUUGACAUUUUAGAAGCUCAGGUUGCUGAGUAUAGCAUGAAAGUCACAUUUUUAGAGCUGUACAAUGAGGAGAUAAGUGAUCUUUUGGCCCCUGAUGAGAACAUGAAGUUUGUAGAUGACAAAUCAAAGAAACCCAUAGCUCUCAUGGAAGAUGGAAAGGGUGGUGUUUUUGUAAGAGGCUUGGAAGAAGAGAUAGUGUGCACAGCAAAUGAAAUUUAUAAAAUCUUGGAGAAGGGAUCGGCAAAAAGGCGUACAGCUGAGACACUUCUCAACAAACAAAGCAGCCGUUCGCACUCAAUAUUUUCCAUCACAAUUCACAUUAAGGAAUGCACUCCAGAGGGCGAAGAAAUGAUUAAGUGUGGGAAGCUGAAUCUUGUAGACCUCGCUGGGUCUGAGAACAUUUCACGCUCUGGUGCAAGAGAGGGCAGAGCAAGGGAAGCUGGGGAGAUAAAUAAAAGCUUACUUACUCUUGGUCGUGUCAUUAAUACUCUCAUUGAGCACUCUGGUCAUGUUCCGUAUAGGGACAGUAAACUUACAAGAUUACUGCGAGACUCCUUAGGAGGAAAAACAAAGACAUGCAUAAUUGCUACUGUGUCACCCAUCCAUUGUUUGGAAGAAACACUCAGCACCUUAGAUUAUGCACACCGUGCCAAAAAUAUAAAGAACAAACCAGAGGUCAAUCAAAAAAUGAUGAAAUCUGCUUUGAUCAAGGAUUUGUAUUCUGAGAUUGAUCGGCUCAAGCAAGAGGUAUAUGCUGCCAGAGAGAAGAAUGGAAUCUAUAUACCACGAGAUCGUUAUCUUAGUGAAGAAGCAGAGAAGAAGGCAAUGGCUGAAAAGAUAGAACGGAUGGAUCAUGAUUCUGAAUCCAAAGACAAGCAAUUGCUGGAGCUUCAGGAACUUUACAGUUCUCAGCAACUUUUGGCUGUAGAAUUGGGCGAUAAACUUGAAAAAACUGAGAAAAAGCUUGAGGAAACUGGACAUGCACUGUUUGAUCUCGAGGACAAACAUCGACAAGCAAAUGCGACCGUCAAAGAGAAGGAAUUUCUGAUAGUAAAUCUUCUCAAAUCGGAAAGAUCACUUGUCGAGCGUGCAUUUGAGCUGCGAGCAGAGCUAGAGAAUGCUGCAUCAGAUGUGUCCAGUUUAUUUGCUAAAAUUGAGUGUAAGGACAAGAUUGAAGAUGGAAACCGGAUACUAGUCCAGAAAUUCCAGUCCCAAUUAACUCAGCAGCUUGAAGUCCUGCAUAAAACCGUGGCAGUUGCAGUGACACAACAAGAACAGCAAUUGAAAGAUAUGGAAGAGGACAUGCAGUCCUUUGUAUCAACGAAGGCAGGGGCUACUGAAGAACUGCGAGGAAGAUUAGGAAAGCUUAAAAACAUGUAUGGUUCUGGUAUUAAAGCUCUGGAUGGUAUAGCUGGGGAUCUUGAAGGAAAUUCGCAAUCAACAUUUUCUCAUCUAAACUCUGAAGUUUCUAACCAUUCUUCUGCUCUGGAAGAUCUCUUCAAAGGAAUCGCUUCCGAAGCUGAUGCGUUACUCAAUGAUCUUCAAGGCAAUCUUCACAACCAAGAAGAGAAGCUAAGGGCAUUUGCACAACAACAGCGUGAGGCUCAUGCAAGAGCAGUUGAAACUGCACGGUCAGUUUCUAAAGUUACUGUGGACUUCUUCAAAACUCUAGACUUGCAUGCAUCCAGUCUGACCCAAAUUGUGGAAGAAGCACAAACUGCCAACGACAAGAAAUUGUCUGAACUUGAAGAUAAGUUUGAGGAGUGUGCUGCUAAUGAAGAAAGGCAGUUACUAGAGAAAGUGGCAGAGCUGCUGACAAGUUCAAAUGCCAGGAAGAAAAGACUGGUCCAAACUGCAGUAAAGGAUCUUCGAGAGAGCGCAACAAGCAGAACCACCAAAUUACAGCAAGAAAUGUCGACCAUGCAAGGUUCAACUUCUUCUAUAAAAGCAAAGUGGACACUUCACAUGGAAACAACAGAAUCCCAUUACCAUGAAGAUACUUCGGCUGUGGAAUGUGGAAAGAAAGGCAUGGAGGAGGUUCUACAGAAUUGUUUGAAGCAGGCGUCAAUGGGUGCAGAACAAUGGAAGAAAGCUCAGGGGUCCUUGCUCACUCUAGAAAAGAGAAAUGUUUCUUCUGUGGAUUCCGUUGUUAGGAGGGGAACGGAAGCGGAUCAAGCCUUACGUGAAAAGUUUUCCUUGGCUGUGUCAACUGCACUAGAAGAUGUAGAUGUUGCAGACAAGAAUCUCCUUUCUUCCAUAGAUCAUUCAUUACAACUUGACCGUGAGGCGUGUGGAAAUCUGAACUCAAUGAUUGUUCCAUGUUGCGGGGAUCUGAGGGAACUAAAGGGAGGUCACUACCAUAAUAUUGUUGAAAUCACCGAAAAUGCAGGAAAAUUUCUUCUCGAUGAAUAUGUGGUGGAUGAACCAUCAUGUUCCACACCAAGAAAGAGGUCAUUCAAUCUUCCAAGCGUUGCAUCCAUUGAAGAACUCAGGACUCCUGCUUUUGAGGAAUUGUUGAGGUUAUUCUGGGAUGGAAGAUCGGCAAAACAGGCAAAUGGUGACCUAAAACACAUCACAGGGGCGUACGAGGCUGCUCAAUCCAUUAGAGACUCCAGAGUUCCCCUCACUGCUAUUAACUAAAGAGAGGGGGAUACGUGUUGUACAUAACGUAUAUGGCUUAUAUAUGUACUCUUUAGUCACUGCGGUACGCAACUCUUAUUCAUUGAUUGUUUCUUGAGAAAAUGAACUGUUGUGGAUGGAGAAAUCGAUAUAUGUACUCUUUAGUUGCUGCGCUACUCAACUCUUAUUCGUUUAUUGUUUCUUGACAAAAUGAACUGCUGUGGAUGGAGAAAUCGAUACAGUAUGUAGGGUUCUUGGGGAACUUCAAAAUAAAGUUCGUUGAAUUUUCCCA